UCAAGGAAGUCGGAUUCCAUUUCCGGCUACAAACAAACAUGGCGGCACCGAAACGACCGUGGGAUCCUUGGAAAGUGUUUGAUGUUAGUGCAGAUGAAUUGAAAGCUGUGCAAGAAAGAGCAAAGAUGCGGUCUGCAUUAAAAGCGGAAUUUCAAAAGAAAGUCACAAACCCCCACCAAGGUGCAAACAAUGGAGGAUUUAUGUUUGAUCCUGCUAUACAACGGUUCAUGUCGAUGAGGUCAUCCCAGGUUGAUUACUUCAAGGCUUCACCUAAGACUGUGUGGCAGGGCUUUGCUUUCGUCAUAUUGCCAGUAGCCAUUUUCUCAUAUCUGACUAUUUCAGGAAGGAGGGAGAGAGAGAAGAAGUAUCGUGCUGGUGAGAUCAGUUACAAGGACAGAACGUGGAAGUUCAUGUAUUAAUGACACUAUCUAGAUAAAUAAUGGGGAACAGCUUGGGAACUUUAUUCACCUUGGAUCCCUCAAUGGUCGAGGACAAGUCAUUAUCCUGGAUAACGUUGCCAUAGUGUGUGUAAAUUCAGGAAUAAAUACGUUGUGUGACAUA